AAGAAAUGCAAAACCACCCACAAUGGAAAACAUCACCCAUGUCCGCGCAGAACAACCAGAGUUCCCGCAACGUCGCGCAGAACACUCGGAUUUUGUCAAAGGCAAAGUAAUUGGAUUGCACCAAGGAGGCCACUCCACCAGGCAGAUGGCACACAUUCUUGUUAUCCCACAAUCCACUGUAUCAAAUAUUAUCAUACGAUACCGGACGACUGGAUCGGUUACCACACCUAAACGUCCCGGACGCCCUCGUGCUGCUACACCAGAACAGUUGGCCAUCAUUAAGAACACGGUAUUGGCUCUUCGGUGCUCCCCUCUCCGAGUCAUCAAGCAUGAGCUGGAGACCAAACAUGGAAUUAAAUUCCAUUACCAGACUCUCUUGGCUAUUAUCUAUAGCCUCGGUCUUCGGAGUAAUGUCGCUCCUUGCAAACCUUACAAACCACCCGUGGGUAACUGAAGAGCUCGUCUUUGGAUUCAAUGGACAGGAAAAGUUAGCUUGGACACUGGCAGUGAUGAGUUGUACUUUACCAUAUUCAGCAAAAGCAGAGGGUUAGCUGUGUAUGCUCAGUGCCUGUCUGUGCAGCGGUGCACGCAGGAUAUGGGUCGCAUGCUAAAUAUGUUAGUCAUUUUAAAUACGUCAAAUUCAAACCCCUGGUAUGCUUAAACAUUGAAUAGGUCGAUACGAUUAAUACAAUACAUAUCAUGAAGAAGAAAAAAA